ACAUCAGUUUACCUUACAAACAUUACACGCAAAUGCUGGAGGCGCAAACUAAAGUGGUGUGUACAGGUGCAGUGAUGGAGUUCAGUACUACAGAGGAGGAUUUAGAGGAGUUGUGUCCGGUGUGUGGAGAUAAAGUGUCCGGUUAUCAUUACGGACUGCUCACCUGUGAGAGCUGCAAGGGCUUUUUUAAACGGACUGUGCAGAACAAUAAGAGAUACACGUGUAAUCAGAAUCAGGACUGUGGGAUUGAUAAAACUCAGAGGAAAAGAUGCCCUUUCUGUCGCUUCCAGAAAUGUCUCAGUGUCGGCAUGAGAUUAGAAGCGGUUCGUGCUGACCGUAUGCGUGGUGGGAGGAACAAGUUUGGCCCCAUGUACAAAAGAGACCGCGCUCUGAAGCAACAGAAGAGGGCUCUGAUCAGAGCGAGUGCUUUUAAACUCGAACCCAACCCACCACUGUUGCCCACCACCCAAGCUGACUACCCAUUCCCAGGCUCAGUGCCAGGCCUGCUGCCACCCUCCCUUGGCCCUCCAGACUACGACUGCUCACCCGCGUGCCCCCAAGCAUUAGGAAUGACCCUGCACAGCUAUGGCUCUUUCCCAGCUCAGUACCAGUACACAACCCCUACUAUACCUGGUAGAUCCAUCAAGGCAGAGCACCCAGACCCGUAUUCUGGUUCGCCUGACUCCUCUCUCGGGUAUCCCUACAUUGACGGGUGCAUUCCGGCCUCACCGCAGACCAGCCCUCUAAACCCAGCUGUCCCAUCACUGCUGCUGGAGCUGCUUAGCUGUGAACCUGAUGAGGAGCAGGUGAGAGCAAAGAUCUGCGCCUACCUGCAGCAGGAGCAGAAUGGGCGUGGCAAACUGGACAAGCCCCGCCCCUCCAACUUGAUCUGUGUGAUGGCAGACCAGACACUGUUCUCUAUAGUGGAAUGGGCCAGAAGCUGCAUCUUCUUCAAAGAACUGAAGGUUGGGGAUCAGAUGCAGCUGCUUCAUAACUGCUGGAGUGAACUCCUGCUUCUGGAUCAUGUCUUCAGACAGGUGCAUCAUGGGAGAGACAAUACUCUGCUACUCAUCACCGGACAGGAAGUGGAGCUUGCAGGUAUUGUUUCUGAUUCAGGUCUUACCCUCUCGAGCCUGGUACAGAGGGGACAGGAACUGGCUCGCCGGCUGCAGCUUCUUCAGGUGGAUCGCAGAGAAAUGGCCUGCCUCAAAUUCCUCGUUCUUUUUAACCCCAACGUGAAGGUGCUGGAGAACCAGGCGCUGGUGGAGAGUGUACAGGAGCAGGUAAACAGCUCUCUGCUGGAGUACACACUCACCACCUACCCUCAACACAUGGACAGGUUUAGCCAGCUGGUGCUGCGACUGCCCGAAAUGCGUGCCCUGAGCGCCCAGGCCGAGGAGUACCUGAGCACCAAGCACCUGAGCGGAGACGUACCCUGCAACAACCUGCUCAUCGAGAUGCUGCACGCCAAACGAGCCUCUACCAUCUGAACCAGGCGUCUGUGUGGACAUCAAAAGCUGGUGCGUUCUGAGGACACUGCAGAGUAUUUCUGUUUCUUAAGUGCUAUUAACACCCUUUCUGAUGUUGCUUGUGGAUUUAAA